CCGCCCCUUCACCUCCACCCGCACCACGUGCUUCCCCGGGAGCAUCACCAGCCCCAGGUGCCGCACCUGCACGCUCUCCAUCCCGGCCCCCACCCCCGCCCGCGCUCCAAUGCCCCGCCGCUCCGAGGCCUCUCGCAGGAUCACGUUCAGGUGCUCGUCCAUGCACUGGUACCGGCCCGUCACCGCCCGCCCGUCCGAGAGCGUCACCCGCAGCGCGCUACCCAGCAGUCCCCUCAGCUUCGCCUUGGCACGGAGGGAGUCGACUCCCGAUCCCCCAGCCUUCGCCUCCGGGCUGUCGGCCAUGCGCCUCCGGGACUCUCUCAGAGACCCACUGCGUCGCCUGCGGGAAGGGAAGGAGGCACGAAUGAGGCAACCCUGCUCUUUGACUCAACGGCUGGGUCGCACACGGCGAUGUCGCCUCCUGCGCAACAAAGCAGGGCUUGACGGCACCUCGGGCCAGCCUCCACCCUGUGGCGUGUCACCACAACGUUUGGGUGGAAGUUGAGUACGUUCACCAGACAUCCGCUAGUCUCAGAUUUGCAACGUUCAGUCCGAAUGCCCGGGGCAUCCACACAGAGCAGGCUUUCAACCGCCGCUGAUGGGCGGUAUUAGGGCGACUUCGUCCCCGUCUUGCAGGGACAAUGUGCCCUCCGCCUCUACACCCACAUACUGCAUAUUUAGGGCCAAUGUGACAUCAGCGAUGAUUGAGUCCAAAUCAGGAAAAGCACUGGCCAGAUAGGUCCGCACGUCUCUCAAG